AUGGGUAAUAUUGUGGUAGAUGGAACUACAAGAAUAACAGAAACAGAUGAGAAUUAUAUCUGUAUGACUAUUGAUUAUUGGCCUUUUAAUGAGUGCUCUACAAUUCCUUGUCUUUGGGAUGGAAAUGCAUCGGCACUCAAUUUGAACUUGUCUCUUCCUACACUUACCAAGGCUGUGCAAGCUUUCAAGACUCUUAGGAUUAGAGUAGGAGGUUCUUUGCAAGACAAAUUGAUUUAUGAUGUUGGGAGCUUCAAGGGAAAUUGUCCUCAAUUUGUAAGGAAUAGCACUGCAAUGUUUCAUAUCAGUGAGGGUUGUUUGUCUAUGGAACGGUGGGAUGAUUUGAACCAAUUUUUCAAUAAGACAGGGGCAAUAGUGACUUUUGGCUUGAAUGCCCUCUUGGGAAGGCAACAUACUUCAGGAUUGCGAUGGGAAGGAGAAUGGAACUACACUAAUGCAGAGGCAUUUAUUCAAUACACGAUUGAGAAGAAUUAUCGAAUCAAUUCAUGGGAGUUUGGUAAUGAAAUGGUUGGUCAUAAUAGUAUUGGGGUAAAUAUUACUUCAGCACAAUAUGCAAAGGAUUUGAUCAAGCUUAGGGAGAUUAUUGAUCGUUUGUACAAUAACUCCCAACAAAAGCCGUUGAUAGCAGCCCCAAGUGCAUUUUUUGAUGCCUCAUGGUAUAAAGAUUUUGUUUAUGGAACAGGUCCGGGCAUCGUUGACAUUCUCACUCAUCACAUAUACAACAUGGGUGCAGGAUAUGAUCCUAAGGUAAUCGAUAAUUUUUUGGAUCCUAACUAUCUUAGCAAAGAAUCAAGGGAUUUCCAACAACUUAAGAACAUAGUUGAAAACAAUGCCCCUUGGUCUGUUGCUUGGGUUGGAGAAGCUGGUGGAACCUUUCAUGGUGGUAGUCCUUAUAUUUCUAAUACAUUUGUUGAUGGAUUUUGGUACAUCGAUCAACUUGCAAUGGCUGCUUUGUACAAUACCAAAGUAUAUUGUAGACAAACUUUAGUCGGUGGAUUUUAUGGUAUUCUCUUACCCUAUAUUCUAGCCCCUUCUCCAGAUUAUUACGGAGCUCUUCUCUUUCAUCGACUUAUGGGUUCUGGUGUUCUCAAAGUUGACAAUAACGUCUCUUCUUAUUUGCGUACUUAUGCUCAUUGCACCAAAGAAAGAAGUGGUGUAACCAUGCUUUUCAUUAAUCUAAGUAAUCAAACGGAGUUCACAAUUGACAUUAAAAACAACACGAUGAACAUGGGUUUGCCCAAUAAGCCAAGUCAAAGGGAAGAAUAUCAUUUGACUCCAAAUAAUGGCUUAGUUCGAAGUUCGACGGUGCUUUUGAAUGGAAAUUUAUUGAAAACCACAGAAGAUGGAGAUUUACCAGAUCUUACGCCUAUUUAUCGUGAUAGUAAUUCUUCUAUUACUGUUGCUACUUGGUCCAUUGUUUUUGUUGUCAUCCCUGAUUUUGAAGCCCCGGCAUGCAAAUAA